AUGGAGGAAUCUAAAACCGUCUCACUCGCGCAUUUGGAUUCGAUGGAUGGCCAUUUGGUGUUAGAAAACAAUAAAUUGUCCAUUAGUGAUAAGAGAGUGUCAACAAAUCCUGAUUUUGUAGUGGAUAUGGAAGAAAUUGCUAUUAUAGUCAUGAAUGCUGAAAUUCCUACAAUGUAUUGGAAAGAACUCAAGAGAGACUUACCACAAAAUCAAACAAUUAAGAUUUUAAGAUGGCCAGGAGAAAAUGGUACAGAAUCUGGUCUAGAUUUGGCAGUACCAGAAGAGAGACAUAUGAUAUUUGAAACAAUAACCAAAAUUCGCCAAUCCCUUUUACAAUCUGCAUCCUCCACAACCACUUCUACUUCCCACAUUGUUACCAGCAUCACAGCACCUGUAGAGCAAGAGUAG